AUGAAUCCCGGAGCUGGCUAUGAAAGCCGCACCGAUCUUCCAUUUGAAACCAUUCUCAGGCCAGACGCCCCAGCGGUACCCUACCGCCGCCGCAAAAACGAGCGAAAAUCAGUCAUUCACUGGGGUCAGCGUAAGCUUUUGCUAUGUGAGAUCGAGUUUCUCUUGCUCCAUGGCGACAAGGCGCCUCUCGUCGUCUACGCCGGUGCUGCACCUGGCCCACAUGUCAAGAUAUUGAUGGGCAUGUUUCCCAAACACAGUUUUGUGUGCGUGGACCCCGCGCCCUUUUCCAAGCAACUGGUCGAAAAUGAUCGACUCAUUUUGCGUCAGGAAAUGUUUACGGACGACGUGGCCCGCGAAUUCGCGGACCGAGAUGUCCUUUUUUUGUCAGACAUUCGUAGCGCCGACCCGGAUAUCAUGGACGAAAAGGAAGUUGACUCUCAAGUCGUGGCGGACCAAGAGGCGCAAAUGCGUUGGCAUCUUUUGAUGAAAGCCAAGGCUUCCUUGCUCAAAUUUCGACUCUCCUGGAAGGAGGGUAUUACCAACUAUCUCAAAGGUGAUAUAUACCUGCCAAUCUGGGGUCCCAUGACCACGACCGAAGCCCGCCUGCUGGUCGAGGGCACGGAGAUGCAGGGGUACGACAAUCAAAAGUAUGAGCAGCAAAUGUUCUUUUUCAACACGGUGGCGCGGGUGGCACGGUAUGAGCACGACGUCAAAGCCGUGGGCAUCGAUUUUUGCUACGACUGUCGCGCCGAGGUUGAGGUUCUUCGACGCUACAUCAAGCAGGAGCGUACGGCUGAUUUGAGUGCAGAGGAACUAGCAGAGCGCGUGGGUCGCUUGUCAGAGCGAAUUAGUCGGGAACUAGGCCAUCGUACGCUGGCCGACGGCAACUCAGAUCCAGGCGUGCGCAAACAAGGCAUUAUUCAACGUCAGUACAUUGCUGGCAAGCCGGCCUAUGCCAAACGCAAGCAACACGAGGCCCAGUACAGCAACACGGCCCAGCGCCUGAUGGCUGGCAUGGGCUAUAAACAGGGCAAGGGGUUGGGGCGUGAGGCCCAGGGUGCUGCCGAGCCCAUUCUCGAAUCCUCACAGAUUGGCCGUCGCGGUUUGGGCUUUAGCCUGGCUGGACAUCGCUUCGAUGCCGAGAAGGAGGGUGCUGUUAAUCAUGACCAAAAUCUGGACGAAAGCGGUGAAAAACCUGCCAAGACGGCCAAGCCCAUGGCCUUCGAGUUGGCUGGACAAACGCUCUCGACCGUGGGCCAAGUGGCUUCAGACCUGAGCACCGGUGAGCCGCCGGCACAACGGACCAAGAUCCAGAACGAGCACGAGACAGAGGCCUCGGAGCAAGGUGCUUCGGGUGACGACGCGAAGCCAUUGUCUCCAAGUCACAGUCAAGCUGAGACAGCGAAGAAGGAAGACGGCGAGAUUUAG